GGACUUUCCGGAUACGUCACUCGGGGCUUCCGAGUUAUUAAGCUAGCUGUACCUCAGUGUUGAUGUCGUUAAGACUCUCUAAACGUCGCCUAGCCGCGUUGGAUACACACCGAAAGAGACCAUGAAAACGGCUGUGGCUCUUUACUGCACCAAAAGGCUUAAAUAUUGAGACGUUGUUGCCAGGAGCGACGGUCGAAGCGAGAGGCGGAAUGUCAACAACGCGGCCCCUCCUCGGAAUGAGACGAGUCACCGAGCUAACGUGCCCGGAGCAGCCGACCAGCAGGCUCCCUGCGUCAGCCGUGAGGCAGCAGACAGAGACCCCCACCGUGGACGAGUUUACUGUGCUAGAGGAUAAAGAAGAGGAGCUGAAAUGCGCCAAACCUCGAGUUGAGCAGGUUUUUAAAGUGACGUUCACCAUCAUUGGACUGUUAGACCACACGGGACAGCCGCACUGUGGCAAAACAUCACGGCAGAUAUGGCUGCAGCUCAGAGGAAACAGAGAGGACGUAUCCAAGGCAAAGGAAUUUGUCCGAGGACUCUGUGACCCUGAACUGCAGAAGGAAGAGCGGUACCCAGUGGACAUGCACUGCAUAUUUGCUGGUGCUCGGGGCCUCUUUCUGGACAGGCUCAUACGGGACACAAGCGCUGAGGUUUUGGUGCCUGAGCCAGGCCACCUGAGGUUGUUGGGCCGAGCCGAACCUGUAGUGAUGGCCCAGAGCAGAGUUCAGCAAUUUGUAGCACUAUUCCAGGAGAAGCGAAGUCUACCGACCGACAGAGAGCCGGCAGUUAAACGAGCAUUCAAGGCCUUUGUGGAGGAACGGGAUGAUAAGUACACUAUGGAGCUUCUCCUGCUGCCCAGUGCCCUGAAGGAGGAGUUACUGGGACUGGCUCAUAGCCCCACUACAACCAACACAUCCCCCUUGCUCAACAAGACACUUCAUCCCAGCGUGGCAGAGGUCGACCAGGACCGCUCAAAGAGCAGCACUCCAGUGACAGAGCUCUCUAACCGCAUCCUGGACACCAGCUUUGAGGACAGAGGGGCCGGAGCCACGUCCUUGGGUGGUGGAGGAAAAGCAGGGGGUGCACUGGGCUCGGUUUCUGAAACCGCCCUGCUGAACGGCACUCGGCCCUCACACAAGCGGCGCUCAUCUGAGAGCGAGACUCGAGACACAAAGAGACAGUACUCGUUGGAACGACGGGACGAGUCGCCGGAGAGAGCGAGAGAGAGGGAAAGGCAGAGGGACAGAGACGGACGAGGGAGCAGCAGCAGCUGCAGAUCCAAAACUCCCUCUGCGUCCUCGUCCCUCUCCUCUUCAACAAAAGCAAACACAGUCGGUCCAAUCACGCUGGACUCCAGUGAAGGAGUCUCAGAUGACGGAGAGGCGGUGAGCCCUGAAACCAACUUACGCUGCUUGGUCAAUUUUUUCAGAACCAUGGGUUACCAGCAGGAAGUGGUGGAGCGUGUCGUCAAGGAGACGGGACAGACAGAAGAUACAUUCCUCCUUCUGGAAAAAAUUGUUGAGGAAACGAAGCGAUGUGAAAAGGAGGGGUCAAAGGAAGGUGAAAAAGAAAGACGAUUGAACUCUAUACGCUCACCAGACACUCCAUCCUCCACCUCCUCUGCCUUAUCGUCGUCCUCCUCGUCUACAGUCACCCGAUGCAAGGAGACCAGAACUCAUAAGAGGAGCUUGAGUGCUCAGGGAGGAGCCGGACACUACGAGAUUAUUACCAUUGACGAUGAUGACGUCAUCACAACAAAUACCAAAACAGCAGAUAGCAGGACAUCCCGCAUGAUGACGGCGCCUCAUCUUGACAUCCAGUCGGGAUCCAGAAACGACUACUUGGCGCGGGGAGGAGGCAGCGUCUCACAAAGGGACUUCCUGGCGAGGGGCGGGACUCAGACUUUGGGAGGAUCGGUGAAAGUAGAGAGUGUGACAGCGCUGCGGAGCACACCUCAGUGGCUGACUGCCACCAGCACCUCUUUAGCUUCAACCCCCAGUGCAGCUCAGCCAAUCAGCAGACCCUCUGCCUCUGCGUAUCAAACAAUCGGCCAUAUGGGGUUUCACGGGUUCGGAGCAAGGACUCCACCCACAAAUGACCCCCCGGCACCCCCCGUGACUGGUUUAGCUCGAUUCCAUCAAUCACUGAGGACUCCCUACUCUCUGAAGCUGCCGAACGAGCCCGGACAUCAGGAGCUCAGACACAUCAUCAUAGAUGGCAGCAACGUGGCCAUGGCUCAUGGCCUUAAUCGGUUCUUCUCCUGUCGAGGAAUCGCUCUGGCUGUGGAGACAUUUUGGAGGCGGGGCCACAGGGAGAUCACAGUAUUUGUUCCUCAGUGGCGUCAGAAGAGAGACCGCCUCACGACAGAGCAACAUUUUUUAAACCAGCUCGAAGACCUGAGACUGCUCUCCUUCACUCCAUCCCGAGAGGUUUGUGGACAGAGGAUAUCCUCACAUGACGACAGGUUCCUGCUCCACCUGGCAGAAAAAACAGAGGGGAUCAUUGUAACCAACGACAACCUGAGGGACUUUGUCAACACCUCGGACACGUGGCGCAGGAUCAUUCAGGAGAGGCUGCUUCAGUUUACUUUUGUGGAGGAUCACUUCAUGAUCCCUGAUGAUCCUCUGGGGAAGAACGGACCUCACCUCGACUUCUUUCUGCUCAAAGAAAGCAGGAGGGCUCCCAUCACUCCUCCCCCUCUGAGACCUCCAGACCUGCGCCCCUCCUCCCAGCAUCAGCAGCCGGUUUACGUCCAGGCCGUCCACUCUGCUCCCCGGUCCCAAGCCUCCACGCCGCGGCCCCCUCCCUCCCUGACGCCACACCCCACCACACACUGGCCCCACUCCGGUCCGCCCGAAUGGCACCCGCCUCGUCGCUCCCCUUCCCCCUCGCCCUCGCCCCCUCCACAGCGAUCCCCGGGGGAGACGUCGGAGCUGAAGAGGAAGCUGUACGACAUCUUUCCCGAUCAGAAGCAGCGGAUCGACCGGAUCCUCAGCGACAACCCGUACAUGAGAGACCUGAACGCCCUGUCAGGGCUGCUGCUGGGAUAAAAGAUGGCCGACGCACAGAAAAUAAAGAAUACACCGUGCGAGGAUAUACAUACACAGCAGAAAGAUAAUUUAUUUUACCAUGUCGUCCAGCCUUGAGGAGUCGAACGUGUGUCCUUCGAUAUUAUUUAACACAAAGACUGAUCAUCAAACUCGCUGCUUUUGGCAAAAAAAAAAGAUAUUUUUGAAUAGAUAUUUUUUUGUUCUUCUUGUGCUCUCAAAUUGGUGAAGGUGAACAACACUGGUGUCACAUGCAAACAACACACAACAUUUGCCAAGCAGCAUCAUUUGUAUUAACCAGCGGGUAAUAAGAGCCUGCAGUCCAGAGGUCCUCCAAUCAACGGGAGAAAAUGUUUUCAGACCAAGAGCCGUGAACUGGUCAUACAGCGGGUUUCUUCUCUGAACACACAAACUCUGAGCUUUCUCUGGGUACAGUCGGGAACAUUGACCGUUCUGCAUGUUUUAUAUUUUUUCAACACAAGCGUUAUACAGUUGUUAUGAACAGGAACAGAGUGAAGUCGCUGUUAUUGAACAGGAUAUCAGGAAGCAGUUUCAGCAGUUUGGAGUCAUUCGACAUCAACAAAGAGUUUAAAUAUCUCACACGAGGAUAAGAUCUCAACCUUUAGUUUCAUUAUCAGUAACAGAACUUCUAAAACGACUUUUAUGAAUCUUAGACACAUUUUAAAUCGCAGCUAAAGAUCAAAUCAAAUUAGAGAAGCUGUGAAAAAAUAUUCCGAGGCUGUUUAGAGUGCAGAUAUGAUGAUACCAGAGUUUUAAACUUCAACAAGAUACUUGUGAAAAUCAAACGAUGAUACCUGUUCUAAAACCACGGCAACAAAAAUAUAAGUCCUAGCAACCCAAUAUUUUGUAGUUUCCUGUUUUUAUUUACCCAAAAUGAACUCCUGCACACAGUCCAAACUUUCUAACAAGUUAGAAGGAAACAUCAGCAACGUAUUUGUAAGACACAUCAACAUAUCCUUCUCCAAAAAGAAACUUGAGUGUUUGUUGACCUGUGAAUUAAAGGGUCCACCACUCCGUCUCAUUCGCAGAAACUUUGGGUUAAAAAUACGACUAAAGAUCUAAAUGUAUUUUUUUUUACUUUGGUACUUUUUGAUGCAGUCUCUGAUUUUUAAUGAUCGAUUGUAUCAUUUUUAAAAUAGAUCAAAGUAUGGGACAUUUUGUCAGCCUGCGUUUGGAGUGACAGGAAUAGUAAAGUUUUCUCAUUAUUCAGAUGAAACUCUCUGCGUCGAUAUAUACCAACUAAAUGAAUCUCCCUUAGUAACCCCUUUUUCAACUGUCACUGCUCACCUCUAAUCCUUCAAUAUGUUUCCUGUUUUUCACCGUCUGUGCUCCAAAUGAUUUCCCGCCUGAAUUCAGAUGAAGCCUUUAAACACCACCGGUUCUUUUUCAAGUUUAUAAAAAACAAACUUAAGAUGUUUUUACAACAUCUAUUUUUCUCUUCUUUUUUUUUGGGAUCGAAUUUUCCGUUCGUAUAGUUUAACCAUUAAAAAAAAGCUUUACUUUUAAGGAAUUUUAAGGUUAGGUCAGAAAUGGUUUUUCAUAAUCCGAUGUGGUCAGGUCGUCCGAGCGCUUCAACACGUUCUCUGUUAUCAUCGACGUCCUCACUUUGUUCUUUGUUGCCUCUCAGGCCUCGUUAACAACGAUCUCUGAAGAUCUGUGGAAUCACUUUGAAACUGCUGAAACUGAGAUGAAAGAUCAGAUCUGUGACUGAGUCAGUUCCAAACAUUAGUUCAUCAGUUCCAGUUAGAAAGACUUUUCAACACGUGUCUUCAGGUGGAUGCCGUCAUCAGCGUUUUGUUCUGCCAUGAGUUGUGAGUUUGACACCUCCAUCUGUAAACAAUAUGCAUCUUAGUCCGUCUAGCUUUUUGUGGACAAAAACACUAUAAGAGUCUAAAAAAUAUCCUCUGUUUAUAAAGUGACACACUCUUAUUCAACAUCACCAUAUCAACAGGUUUACAUUAGUUACAUUUGUCAUUCUUGUAAAAUAGACCAUUGAACUGAAGCUAAGGAGUGACUCAGUGGCUAAAACAAGGUUUCAUUGAUGAAGCUUCUUGUGUUUUUUGUUUUUGUUUACACUCGGAGAGGAUGUGGGCCACAGCUUGCAUAUUUGAUGUGCAUCUGAGUUUUGUAAAAUACAAACACUUUAUUUCCUUGUAAUAAACAAACAUCUGCACAAAACUUUA